AUGGCUGAACCGACGGAGCAUGACCGGGUGCUACCCACAUCUGAGAAUCUGAAUGGAUCUAUUCAGAUUCCUUCAGAGAAGGAAAUCAAGGAGCGAGAACCAGAUAAGGAUGUCAAGGAGUCCAAGGAAACCAAGGAGAAGGAUGCCAAGGAGUCUGAGGCUACAUCUAAGCCAGUCUGCAAGAAGCAUGAGAAAAAGAAGAAGAAACCAGUGAAAAAGGAGGAAUCAGACACCUCUGCGUCUGACUCUUCGUCCAACUCUGACAGUGACGCUGACUCCGAUUCGGAUUCGGAGAGUGAGUCAAGCACCGACAAGCGCAGACGUCAUCGCCUGCGCACCAAAGCCCGGGCUCAGCGUGCACUGAAGGAUAAGAAGCGUCGCAAGAAGAAACACCGGUCGCGCAAGGUCGAGACCUCCGACUCUGCCUCCGAUUCGGAAUCUGAGUCUGAUACCGCCACUUCGGCGGAAUCGGACGAAUCGCUGGACGAAAAAGCACUUCGGAAAUUGGUCACUAAGCUUAAGCUCAAGAAACGAGCAAAGAAGCUACGCGAUCAGACUUCCGAUGACUUGACUCCCAGUGACCCAGUGGGUGAAGGUCGCCAGAAGCGCUCGAAGAAGAAGAAGCCCGCUUCUAAGGUUGCAUACAAGCGUGUUGAUCAAUUAUGGGAUACCACGAUCCACAAAUACAAGCUCACGGAAACGGUCGAUGACCCCGAUGCUGACGAAUGGGACCAAUACAUCUUCAACGUCCGACGCAAGUUCAACUGGGAAAACAAGUAUCUGGAAACGGUCGUCGAUAUCAAAAGCAAACACCUCCGCGAUACCCUCUCCAAAAUCAUGGAUGGCGUGAAAGGUGUAAGUCUCGUCCAAGAACCUGCCGUCGUGGAUCCAAACAUGCUCUUCCUGUACCUCGAGGAGACUCGUCAGUACAUGAAAGAUCUGAAGAAGCAGUCCCGCAAUGCGAAGAAGCGCAAGGCUCGCAAAACCGCCGCUGCAAAGGCUUCUCACCUCAAGGUUCUUGUCAAAUACCUUGACACGGACUAUGCGGAUACCAAGAAGACCCUUUACCCUCUGCUUGAAGCUAAUACCAUUACUUUUGAUCUUCUUUGGGCGCUUUUCAAGCCCAAUACCAUCGCCUACACCCCAACUUACGGCAACGCCGAUGAGCCGCGCGCUUUCAAAAUUGAGUAUGCCGUCAAGGAAUCCUCAUUCAUGAAGGGACAAUGGUACAGCGUUGAAGGUCGCUAUCUAGAGUAUGAUGGCAAGGAUUUCGGUUUCGGCAGUAUGUCUGCCGAAGUUGACUCUUUCAAGGGGGCUCGCAAGAUCACCUCCCUGGCCUGUUACCCGCUUAAGUAUCAUCGUGAUGCAGAUGCUUUGCGUACCAGGCUCAUCGAGCGUGGUAAGCGAUUUGUUGCCCUGCGCGGUAUGAACUACCGCUUCCACAAGGGCAUGGCUUUCUACAAGAAAAAGCGCACCUUCGUUAUCAAGGUCAAUAUCAAUGGUCGUGUCAUGAUUGAUCCUGCCAUCCAUCGAAGAAUCAAUCCCAAUUAUCUCAUUUCGACGGUUCGUCCAAAGGACCCCGAUCUUUUGGAUUCAGAUGACUUGGGUCUGAGCGGGAACGACGAUGACAGCGAGAGUUGCUGCUGUGGUGGCUCUGACUCUGAAGAGGAGCAUGGUGGAUCUUCCGAUACCCCGCGAACCGUUUACAAAGUCAUUGAAGAUACAGAUGGCAUGCCUCGCGUUGUCGAAGUAGAGGUUGAUCAGAACGGCAACGAAAUCCAAAAGGAGAAGAUUGACCGUAUUGAAGACGGUGCUAAGGAGCGAGAGUUCACAGAGGAGGAGCUCCUCGUUGCCAGUCCCGUUGUCCUCGGCUUCGCGUUCAGCGAGAAGCUCUGGUUGGAAUUCACUAUCUCUGGUAUUAGUGAUAUCGAAUGGGACCAGGAUGCCUUUGGCUCCCUUGUUCUCCCUACGAACCAGAAGUCCAUCGUCAAGGCUCUCGUGGAAUCGCAUACAUUCCAUGCCGCUGAGAACAUCGAUGAUGUUAUCCAAGGCAAGGGCAAGGGCCUGGUCGCUGUUCUGCAUGGUCCACCUGGAACUGGAAAGACACUUACUGCAGAAGGCAUUGCAGAGCUUCUUCGUCGCCCUCUGUACAUGGUCAGCGCAGGCGAACUAGGUACUGACUCGAGAACUCUCGAGGCAGAGCUGAACAAGAUUUUGGAUAUUGCUCACUCCUGGGGUGCUGUGCUGCUUCUCGAUGAAGCUGAUGUCUUCCUUGAGAAACGCACUAUCCAUGACAUCCAUCGCAAUGCCCUGGUCAGCAUUUUCCUCAGGCUUCUCGAGUACUUCCAGGGUAUUCUUUUCCUCACGACGAAUCGUGUGGAGACUUUUGACGAUGCCUUCCAAUCGCGUAUCCACGUUGCCUUGCGAUACGGUGAUCUGACCACCAAGGCAAAGAGGAGCAUUUGGAAGAUGUUCUUGGAGCGUGUUCGUGCUCUUGAGGGUGUGCGUACCGCUACCUUCACUGAUGCCGACUAUGAUAUGCUUUCUAGGCAUACUUUAAACGGUCGACAGAUCAAAAACUCGGUCCGUACCGCUCAAGCUCUGGCUGUUAACGAGAAGUCACCCUUGGCGAUGGAGCACAUCAAGCGCGUACUUGAGGUGGCCGAAACCUUCGACCAAGACCUUCGUGGUGGAACAGGGUACCUUGAUGCCAUGCGGAGCUACACUUGA